AUGAAAUUAUCAGUUGGUAUUAUUGGAUGUGGCCCAAGUGGCUUAGUAACACUGAAAGAGUUACUCGAUGAAGGUCAUCAAGGAACUGUUUUUGAGAAAACAUCGCAUGUCGGCGGCAUAUUUAGAACAGCUUAUCAGCAAGGUUUCAUGGUGUCCUCAAAUCUCAUCACAAUGUUUAGUGAUUUUGUUGGCAGAGAAGGUGACCAUAUUUUAGAGAAUCCACGAAUGCUGAGUUUCAUUGAAUACUCUCAAUAUUUGGAUGAUUAUGCUGAUCAUUUCAAGCUGAGACCACAUAUCCAUUUUGAAACAUAUGUACAAUCAGUGUGGCAAGACACGCCAACUGGCAAAUGGAAUAUGCGUAUUUUUAAGAAUGAAGGAAAAGAACAAGAUAUAUUACAAUUUGAUCGUAUAGCUGUUUGUUCUGGCACACAUCAAAAGCGGGAAAUGCCUAAUUUUAUUGGUCAAGAGCAAUUCAGAGGGGAAAUCAAGCAUUUACAAGAUAUUAAAGAAUUUCAAGAUUUCACGGGAAAACGUGUGUGUAUUGUUGGAAGUGGCGAAUCAGCUAGUGAUAUGGCACUGGCGUCCGCCAAGUAUGGCAAACAGUCGUUUAUAUCAAUCCGUAAAGACCAUGGUGCUAUUGUGCCAAGAUAUAUGGACGGCCGACCAUCCGAUUUAGAAACAAGCCGCGCUCUUCAUUCAAACCCGCAUGCAUUCGGCGUGUAUCAAUCGUGCUUUUUGCUUUAUUAUUCCCUUUUUUUGGCGCUUAUUGCUCGACUCUUCGGAUAUGACAAACGGCCACCUGCAGAAGUAGAAGUAGAUCGGCAAAUUUUGUUAAUGAAUUUGGCCCAAGUUCGUACGAGCAACUACCGAAAUUCUUUCGGAACAAAAAAUAGUGGACUGGCAGAAGCAAUGGUCAAAUACAGUUGUCGACGAAAACCUGACAUUCGUGAACUUAAAUCACCUGCCACAAUUGUGUUUGCUGAUGGAACUCAAGAGGAUGACAUCGAUGAAAUUGUAUGUUGCACCGGUUUUGAAAACAGGUUUCCAUUCUUAGAAACAGAUGAUAACAAAAAUGAUGAGAUUAUCCAACAAGUUGCAAAAGAUGCAAGAAUUUCUCAUGAUCUCUAUAAACAUUGUGUACAUGUGCUCACAGGCGAUAAUUUAUUUUUUGUUGGCUUUGUUCGACCAUCCUUCGGUGCUAUACCUCCUUUAGCUGAAAUGCAGGCACGUUGGUUUGCUCAGCUGUGCUCUGGUAAUAUUAAGUUACCAUCACGCGAAACAAUGAUUGAACAUAGUAAAAUCUAUGUUAAAUACAUUGAAAAUCAACUGACAUCCUAUCGAACAAAUCGUAUUGUCAAUUUAACCGAUCAUUUAGUUUAUUCAGAUGAUAUGGCGCGUUUAAUUUCAUGUCGACCCAAUUUUCUUAAAAUGUUUUUCUGUGAGCCGAAGUUGUGGAUAAGAUGUCAAAUGGGACCCAUAAUGAUGGCUCAUUAUCGCCUUUGCGGUCCUCAUGCAAAACCGGCUGAAGCACGACGUAUCAUCCACAAGAUCAAAUGGGUACAUGGACUACCAGAAAUCCUCCAAUUCAUAAUGAUCUUUAUUCAUUUUCUUUUUUAUUAUUUUGGAGGAAUCAAACGGUGUAAGCCCAACGCAUGGUAUCCAGUGACUGAAUGGCUAUCAUAG